CCCUGUGGGAGAUUCCCCAGCACUGGCCGUGCAGACCCAGGGAGCCUCACAGCCCAGAUCUGGGCAACACUUGUAGGAGCUGAGAGCAUCCUCACGGCAGCAGGCAGAACAGACAAGUGGGCCUGGGGCUCACAACCCGAAGGCAUUGAAUUCUGCCACCAACUUGAAUCAGAUCGAAGCCAGACCCUUCUCAGGUGAAGGCAGCGACCACACAGCCAGACCCAUCCCGGAGGUCCCUCGUGUGGCUCUGAGCAGGAGGCAGUCACCUGGACUAGCAGAACUUUUGACCUGUGAGCUGGGGUUUGUUUUAAAUAUCCAAAAUUUGUGAGAAUUUAUUCUGCAUUCAUCUAAAGCUAAUAUACUCUCCAUCCACAAGUUUCUUCACAUUGUGGAAGUGAGAAAAUUCAGUGUGUGUGUUUGUGUGUGGGAAGCGGAGGCAGGGAGCUGUGUCCAGUUAUGGCUAAAAUGGCUCAGCAGAAACACAGCAGCUAAAAUCUUUAAAAUGUCAUUGCAGAUCCAUAAUCAAACCACCCCAGCUGGAACUUCUGCCUCUACAGCUGCUGUCACGGAGCAGACUUGAACCUCACCCAUGGAGACAGGCAGGGAAACAGGUGUGUCUGCUGAGAUGUUCGCCAUGCCCCGAGGUCUGAAGGGCAGCAAGAAGGAUGGAAUCCCUGAGGACCUAGAUGGGAACUUGGAAGAACCCAGGGAUCAGGAAGGUGAGCUCAGGAGUGAGGAUGUCAUGGACCUCACAGAAGGGGACAAUGAGGCCUCAGCCUCAGCUCCUCCUGCAGCCAAAAGAUGGAAAACAGAUACCAAAGGAAAGAAGGAGAGGAAGCCCACCGUGGAUGCAGAGGAGGCUCAGAGGAUGACAGCCCUGCUGUCUGCCAUGUCUGAGGAGCAGCUGGCCCGCUACGAAGUGUAUCGCCGGUCAGCUUUCCCAAAGGCACGCAUUGCAGGUCUGAUGCAGUCUAUCACCGGCAGUUCGGUGUCUGAGAACGCCGCCAUUGCCAUGGCUGGAAUCGCCAAGGUCUUUGUUGGAGAGGUGGUGGAAGAGGCCCUGGACGUGUGUGAGAUGUGGGGAGAAACGCCCCCGCUGCAGCCCAAGCAUUUAAGGGAAGCUGUUCGCAGGUUAAAGCCCAAAGGCCUCUUCCUCAAUAGCAACUACAAAAAAAUCAUACUCUAGGCCCAAGGCCAGAGGGAAGGGUCUAUUUGUGCAGGAAUAAGUAUUGCAUUCCUCUUCCAAUGACAGGACUGUAUUUGCUGGAGCUUCUUUAUCUCAGUCCACCCUGAAUUUACCCACGAUCUUGGUGUCUCGAACUCUGAAGUUGACCUUACCUAGGUGAAGACAGCAGAUUGUUUCAUAGUAGCCUUAGCUAAAUGUUUGGGCCUCCAAGGGCAUAUUGAGGCAUUUUUCUAUGUCUUUCUAGUUGGAAGAAUAAAGGUGCCUGGGCCUUGAGCAUUCUGUGGACAGGUAGCUGCAUUCAGAGAGGGAAGCCCUUCCCAGGAGAUUUGUAUGGUUUCAUGCUGAAGCCUGGUGUUGCUGUGUCUUAACUUGUAUGCUUAUGUCUGGGUUUCAGUAAGUGAAGCCUCCAGAAAUGUUUCCCAAUUGUUGUCCUUCUCUGAUUUUCAAUGCUCAUAUGUAGUUUUGUGAGUCAUCACAAAAGCAGCUAAACUGUUUUCCAAACUGCAGAAAUAAAAAUAAAAUC